GGAAGUCACUGUCUCCCGGGUGAACGCGGCUGUCCCAACGAGGAAAGGAGAGUGCAGGUUCACCCUCCUGCAGACAUGGGGCGCAGAAAGUCAAAACGGAAGCCGCCCCCAAAGAAGAAGAUGACAGGCACCCUAGAGACCCAGUUCACCUGCCCCUUCUGCAACCAUGAGAAAUCUUGCGACGUGAAAAUGGACCGUGCCCGUAAUACUGGAGUCAUCUCUUGUACCGUGUGCCUAGAAGAAUUCCAGACGCCCAUCACAUAUCUGUCAGAACCAGUGGACGUGUAUAGCGAUUGGAUAGACGCCUGCGAGGCAGCAAAUCAGUAGCAAUGCAGAGGAUCCACCCCCUUGGCAGCCCGGCUGCCGUGGACCAGCCCACUGGGUGCCAUUCCAGAGACAUUCCUGAGGUCCGGGGUGUGGGUCCAGGGCCCUCACAGCCUUCUGUGUGUGCAUGUUGAGUGGAUGCGAGCGUGAGUGUGUGGCUGCAAGUGUGGCCAUGAGGGUGUGCUCAUGGGCAGGGGCUGGAAUCGAGGGGUUGCUGGGCUCCAGGGACCUGAACUGCCUCCCUUGGAUCCAAAAGCCUUUGACUUGCUCCCCCUUUCAGCCACCAAUCCCCUGGCUCUAGGGCUCUGGCUUCUCCAGGGCCAGUGCCCUAACAGCCUGGCUGAGGGCAAGCCCUGCGGUCAGCCUCGGGACUCUCCCGCCUCCUCACCCACCUCCCCAGCACCCUGCCCGUGUGACCUGGACUGCCUGCCCUCCUCUGCCUGCCGAGGGCUGUGGCCUGGGCUUCAAAGCCGCAGGCCCCUCGGCUGGGCCUUCGCAGGGAGGCCUGGUUCAUGUUUAGUUGCUUUUAGAGGAUGAAGGAGCUGGGUCAGGACAACUGUUAGUCAUGAGCCCUUAAAUAAAGCAGCUGAUUCAAACUCCUGGCU